GCAAUCAAUUGUCAGAAAUCACUCUACCGGUGUUGUACACAACAGGUAUAAUAUUCUACUUGAUCAUCACGCUACGUAUGUACAGUAAUUACAGGUUGCACGUAUGUAAUAACAGUCCAUGUAUGGUUACCGUGUACAUACACCUACCCAUGUGCGUUGAAAUCCCCUGCAGAGGACUCGUUAGAUGGCUGUAAUAAAACCCGAUGCUUUAUUGUAGUCGUCUAUUUGUUGCCGCGGACAAGUGUGCGCGAGUGAUAUUAAGACGCACACAACUGUGGCCAUUCCUCGUUUGCGGGAAGACUUGAACCGCGGUAUAAAACAAGUCGUUCAUCAGAUUCAACAAUCACAUGCCUCAGCGCAUUUGCCAAUAACAUUGCACGUGGACUAGUACUCUACACUAUGACUCAACCUUUGGCCUUUAUUGUGCUCAUCGUGGCCGUAGGAAUCUGCGAAAUCAGUUACGCCAGGGUCAUGGACAGGCCACGGUGGAUACAGUGCCAAAGUAACUCGGAGUGUACGCCCGGAUAUUGUUGUACAAUCGGAAAACAGAAAUUCAGCAUUCCGCAGUGCAAGCUGAUGCACGACAUCGGCGACGUUUGUCGACCGGAUGGUUCGAUAACUCUAAAUACCACAUUGAUGUACCCGGAUGGAUCUCAGAUUGAACUUACCGAAGUCCACGAUAUGUUUUGCCCCUGUGGAUACGGGCUGAGUUGUGAUCGUCGAGAUGCCGUAUGCCGCGAUCCGAGUCAGGAAAGAGGAUUCAAUCACUUGCCGGGAGAAGCAAUUACCGAGGACGAUUAAUUGCAAUGCUGAAUUUCGAACGAGAAAUGCGUUAAAAUAAUUGCCUAAUCGCUGAACAAACAAAUGAUAAUUGGCUGGUUAAUAGAUUAUAAAAAGUGAUUGAAAAACAUCGAUUUAUUGCUUUGAAAUACCGGUGACUGUAUAGUAUUAUAUUCAUACGGAUGUACGUGGAAAUUCCGUAAUGAUCGAAUCAAUAUAGCAUUUGUAUCAAUUGCUGGUGAAGAAAUUGUGCAACCCAGUAACUAUAACGGUAGAGCGACUGGAGCCCCUGUCCCAGGAGUAACGCAUCAUAUUAUGAUCCAGGGGAUAACAUUCUAAGAUGAGUGAAAAAAAAUAUAUUAAUUAUUUAACGAUCACCCCGUUCGAAGAUUACAUUAAUUUGUAUAAUUGAAAU